UUUUCCCCUCUAACCGUAUCUGAGAUAAGUCAGUGAUCUCGCCUCAUAACGAAUUGACGAUAGCGCACUUUAUACCGCGCACACUAUAACCUCAAUAUUUAUCUGUGCAAAGAGGAUAACGAAUCAAAAGAACUCGAUCAUACACUCGGUAUUGUCAACCGAACCAAUUUUUCAAGUCAAGAAAUUAAAGCGGUCAACAAGAAAAACUGACACUUCUAAAAAUGAGCAGAAAUGAACUAUUCUGGCUCCGCUGUAUAACGCUUUCUAUGGUCUUGUUUCUAGUAGUAAAUAAAGCCUGGGGCAUGGAUGUGUUGGGCUUCGGCGCCCAGACACACUUUUGGAAAGAAGACGUUCAGCCAGCGGUUACCCUAGUUAUGACCUGGUUACCAGGAGUUUGCACCACGCCUACCCACGAGAUAAGCUCAAAGCCACCUUGUCGAAUUGAAGCCCUCCGUCCAUUCUGGACGAUUAAAGAACUCCGCGGAACUCUAAGAGAUUGUAAACCUCACAUGAAAAUUUUCGUUCCGCAUAGUCUCCGCCCUCAGCUCUAUCGGAUGUGGCCAGCGGUGUUUGAGCCGAGCUCGUCGUAUAUCGAAUUCUGGGCGGCCCAUUAUCGCCGAGAUGGCACAUGCUUCGACCGCUAUUCGCUGUUGGGAACACCUGUCCGCUUUUUCCAGACCGCUUUGUAUCUAGCCCAGCGACUAGAUCUGAUGAUUGAUCUGAUGAAGGCUAAAUACGUGCCAUCAAUUCACCCGUAUGAAACGCGGCGCUUCGAAGAAGCUCUUCAAACGAUCCAUGGAGCUAGAGUUCGAUUACGAUGUCCUCGACCAAACAAUUUUCUUGAGGAGGUGGAGUUCUGCAUGGAUCACGAAUUGAAACCACGUGACUGUAGACGUACUUUUUUCAAAGCGGAAUGCGGUAACCACGUGUAUUACCCACCACCUCCGCCAGGCGGCGACCAGAUUUAUCCGUAUGAAUAUUCGGUCGUUCCAGAUCAGGCACAAGUUAGUCGUCUAGCUAGUUGCAAGACAAUCGGUGGAUCAGGUAAGAGCUCGGCUGCGGAGAACUUCUACGACGAGCUGUUUGGAGAAGACGACAAAGACAAUUACGGCGAUCUGAGUGCACGAUUCUAGUGAACCAUCAAAACAGCCACUAAAAAGAACAAUUUUGUGAUCACAAUGAUUGGGUUCAUUCGAAUCAGAUACGAUAAGAAUGGUAACAAAAAAAAAUCCAAAAUGCUUUAAUAAAUAUCAAUUAUGUUACA